UUAUAGGAGGAUGUUAAAAAUACCCUGGAUAGAAAAAGUAGGAUAUGAUGAAAUAUUAGAAAGAGUAGGAGAAUAGGGGGCGUUGUGGAAAUCAAUUACAAACAGGCGAGAUAGGGUUCAAAGGACACCUUCCCAGAUGAAAGGCUAGUUAGAGAUAUAUUAGAAGCAGAAACAGGAGUUAAGGAGGGUAAAGGUAAACCUAGAGAUUAUUGUUCGCAAAUAUUAGUUAGACAUGUAGGUUGCUCUAGUUUUCGAGAAAUACAAAGAUUGGCUGAAGAUAGGGAAAAGUGGUAGUGCCUGUCCAGCCAGUCUUGGGGCUGAAGACCUUUUGAUCUCUAGACCUCAUACCUAUGCUAAAAGCUAAAGGCUUAUUAGAGAUAUAUUAGAAGCAGAAACAGGAGUUAAGGGGGGUAAAGGUAGAUCUAGAGAUUAUUGUUCGCAAAUAUUAGUUACACAUGUAGGUUGCUUUAGUUUUCGCGAUAUACAAAGAUUGGCUCAAGAUAGGGAAAAUUCCCCGUCCAGCCAGUCUUGGGGCUGAAGACCUCUUGAUCUCUAGACCUCAUACCCAUGUUAAAAGCUAAAAUACAAGACUGACAUUGAAAUGUUUAGAUCUUCUAAUGGUUACUACUCUACGCGUAAUUUAUAAACGUUGUUGACGACGCUACUUCUACCUUUUACUACUCUGUCGUAAACUGCCAGUUAACGCGUCCAAUUUACUUAACAAUUAGUUGUUUUUGUGACUUCUGUCUAAUUUUGUCCGUUUCUAUUUCUAAACGAAACGUCGGACGCACGCGUUUGUUAAGAGUCCACGGUAGGUACAUAAAUAAAAACGACAGAAACAAAAUAUAUAUGCACAUACAUACAUACAUAGACACAUGUGUAAGUAUAUAACGUCAACAGAUACAAACACUUAUAAACGUUUCUGGGUAUAUUUCUAUUUUACAUAUGCCGGAUAUUACAUAUGUCUCACCCUUUUUUAGUUUUUCCUUUAAUUCCUUAAUUAUUGUUUCCGUUGCGGUGCCUAUUUAUAUUAGUAUUAUUUAAAUUCACAUGUUCGCUGUACCCAGUGACUUUUUUUAAUCGGAAAUCGUUAAUUGUAGAAACUUUAUUUACACGGUAUACGUACACUUAACAAGGCAUUAUACGUUUGUUUUAUGCCUGUUUUACAGCGAUGAUGAUGUUGUUUAAAACUGUCGCUGAACAAAACGAACGUCCGUCGUCUGAAUACAGAAUCUUUUAAAACGUUUUGUUACGUCAAUGAAUGAAUGAAUUUCAUUUACAUUACGCCGGAAUCGUGUCAUUUCUGGACCUGUCCACGCUCUCUCCCGCGAAAAGUGAAAUCACUUUUUGACGUGAUACUAAUUUUUUUGUUGUUGUUUCACUUUUGAAUCUCCCGCUAUUUUUUGCGUUGUUUAUUGUGUGAGUUUGGUGACCACUUGCAAGCAUGGAUCGCACAAUGUAUGGUAAAUUUGUACCCGGCACCCUUCAUCCCUACCAGUGCACGCUUAAGAAGGGAACGUUGCCCGGUUGUAAGAAACGAUUCAAAAACGAACUUCGUCAGUAUCAGAAGAUUCCGAUUUACGUAGUCGAAUAUCACCACGAAGUGUUACCGUUUAUUUACAGAAAUAUCGGUUCGAAAUAUUUACCCCUUGAAGGCACUCCCCUCGUGCACUUCGACUCUCACCCCGACAUGCUCAUAGAUCCGAAAUUGACAAUUGAAACGGUUUACGAUAAAGAAUCUUUGUACGAAAAAAUCAGCAUUGAAAGUUGGAUUUUACCCGGAACUUUUACGGGUCAGUUUGGUGGUGUUAUUUGGGUGAAACCUUUCUGGGCUCACCAGAUGGACGACGGCAAGCGAAUCGUCAAUAUCGGUGAAGAUAAAUCCAAUGGAUGCAUAAGAUUGGAUUGCAAAGAAGACUAUUUUGUAUCGGAAUGCAUUUUUACAGAAAAAGAAAAUUUGAAGAAUGAACGGCAAUUUAAUUUGAAUGUAAUCACAAUGAAUAAAGACCAAGUGGAUUGGAAUGGUAUCGAAUGUAUUUUGAAUGACUCUUUAAAGGAUAAACGUUUUAUAUUGGAUGUAGACCUCGACUUUUUUAGUACCCACAAUCCUUUCAAAAAUAUUUACGACAAAGUCAAUCUUUACGCGCUUCUUAAAAAAUUGUAUUAUUGUGAUUCCAUUAAAACUACCACUGAUGAUGUUGCUACUUUGGUUAGUAAAAGAAUUAAACAAAUGACCCAGUUGGAAAGUAUUUUUAAUUAUUUGGACGCAAACAGGAAGCUGCCUUCUCCGGAAGGGUAUGAUCAGGAUAUUUAUAAUUCCGUUGAUGAUGUUAGGAAAAUACUGUUAGAAAAAUACGAAGAAAAGGAUGUGGAUUGGGAAUUGGUUCAUCUGGCAGGUUGUACUUGUGAUAAUUCUGAACUGCCUCAUUACGUCUGUAGUUCUGAAGAAUUCGAAAUUAUGUAUACAAAGUUUAAAAAAUUCCUCGAUAUCUUACCAAGUUCUCCAACUAUUGUAACUAUAUCUCGAUCUACAGAAGACGAUUAUACUCCUGAUGAAUACGUAGAAGAAAUUCAGAGCAAAGUAAUUGAGAUACUUAAGAAUAGAUUUUGUUGUGAUGAUCCUAUUUUAAGUUAUUUAGAUGUUGACACCGAAUAAUAUUAUAAAAUGUAAUUUAUCUUAUUAUAAAU